CCUCCAUCCCAGGCUUCCGACGACAUGGAUGGACCGUGGGGAUAAAAUGGGCUUGGAGAGUGUCCAGAGUCAGUGAUCUGCGGAGCGCCAUCCCCAACUGCCUCUUGGCUCCUGGCUUCUGCCCGCAUCCCAGCGACAUGAGCCUGGCAGGGAACACCCGCGCCUCCAGUCCCUGGCUCAGCCCCGGGCUGCUGCUCCUAGGGCUGAUGCUCCUGCCAGGCAUCGCCCUGGCGCAAGAGUGGUCCCUCCCUGGCACCCGCGUCCCACCCCCGGCAGACCCUGAAGGUGGAGACGCGAACCUGCGCUGCGUGUGUGUAAAGACCAUCUCCGGAGUCAGCCCCAAGCAUAUCUCCAGCCUGGAGGUGAUCGGGGCCGGACCUCACUGUCCCAGCCCGCAGCUGAUAGCCACGCUGAAGAAAGGGCAUAAAAUUUGCCUGGAUCCACAGAACCUCCUGUACAAGAAAAUAAUCAAGAAACUUUUGAAGAGUCAACUGCUAACUGCCUAAAUCAGUACUUUUUCUAUACAAUGUGUUUCUUUUUUCUUUUUUUUUAGAAGUUUCAAUCUAAACUUGAAUAAAUCUGAUGUUUUUAUUAUCCCUUUUUAUCUACAUAAAUAAAAGAAAUCAAGUCGUGGUAUAGCCAAUAUUUCUUAAUAGAGCAAAGAAAUGAAGGUGACGCGUUACAGUUUCAUAGAAGGAAACAUCUCCAGAAUUUUAAGCAAAAAUAAUUUUGAAAAAAAUUUCGGUUUAACAAAGACUGGUUUUACUUUGUUAUACUUUUGCUGACACAUAUUGCAUGAUUGCAUUUCCUAAUAACUACUUAUUUACAUAUUAAUGUUAUGAUUAGCUUUGCCAAUAAAUAUUCAUCACACUUAA